AUGUCUACAGAAACUUCCACCCAAACUGCUGCUGCUCCCUCCAAUACUGAAACGACUCAACAAAAAUCACGUCCUUCAGCACGCACACGUCAAGACACAAUAAUUGCUGACCAAAUUCUCACAACUGAUCAAGACGCUCAGUCUCAUUCGCAACUUUCUCGCGUCAUUGUUAUUGCUAUUGACCACUCUAGUCAUAGUCAACAUGCAUUCGAUUGGGCGUUUAAAAACCUAUUGCGAAAAGAAACCGAUUUGAAACUAAAAAUCUCGUUUUCCAAACUUUAUUCAGCUAUAGGCGCGACUUAUAUAGAUUUUAGCGAAAUGAUAUCAAGUGUCGAGGAACAACAACGUGCAAUCAGCCAUCAACUUUUGCAGGAGUUUGCUUUGAAAUUGAAAAAUCAGAACUUUGCUUGCAAAGCAAUCGCGAUGCGAGGUGACGCACGCGACGAGAUUGUCCGAAAGGUGGAUGAAGUCAACGCGGAUGCUUUAGUAAUAGGAUCUCGUGGAUUAGGUGCAUUGAGAAGGACCAUUUUGGGAUCCGUGAGUGAUUAUUGCAGCCACGCUUGUCAUUGCACUGUUAUUAUCGUCAAAGAACGUGAACAUCACGAAUAA